AGGGGCCGCAGGGCUCGAAGAAACAGAGCUAGAGGCAACAGGUGGGUCCCCAGGGGCCAGAGCACCGAGAGGCGGGAGCAGCCACCCACAUCUGCCAGGUGGGAGUCUGACGCCUCCUCCGAGGGCAGCCUGGGCAUCGUGCUCGAGGAGCUGGACCAGGACGACCUGAGCGCGGACGAGGCGCAGAGCGCGCUGUCCGCCACGCUGCACCAGGCCGCGAGGGAGCUCAGCACGAAGGAGUGGGCCCUGCAGGGCCGCGCCAACACAGGAGAGGGGCCCCGCGAGUUAUUGGCCCUGGUGACGGUGACGGACGAGGCCAAGCAGGAGCCGACGGAGAAAGAGGCCUCGGAGCCCCAGGCCGUCAGCCUGGACGGCAGCGGCGGCAGCGGCGAAGGCCGGAGCCGCGUCCCCGACUUAGUGGCCCUGCUUGCUGUGCGAGACGCGGGCGACGAGGAGCCCGUCUACCGCGACGCUCCCCAAGGCGAGUCGCAGCCGAACGGGGCUCCGGGAGACGAGGCGCUGGAACACCCCGAGUUUGUGGCCAUUGUGGCCUCUACGGACCCGUCGGACCCCUCGGCCCGCGAGGAGCUGCUGAAGAUCGCUUCCGUGAUCGCGUCCCUGGGCUGGAGCCCCCGCACAGACCCGACCGAUGCCCUGGGCGAGGUCCUGUCCGUCCUGUGCCAGGACACUGGGGGAGCCCGCGUGCAGGUGCAGCAGGCCGGCCGCCGGGUGGACGGCCUGGUGCUGCGGAAGGCCACGGGCGGCGGGAGCCUGCGGGAGUGCGUGUGCGCCCUGGCCGCGCCCGACCCCCAGUCCCCUGGCAGGAGGGCGCCGCGUGGCCUCCUGGCGGGCUGGGACGACGGCGAGGGGGGCCUCCUGGAGCUCGUGGCGCUGCUGGCCGCGCGGGACACGGCGGGGGUGACGCCGGAGGCCGGGGACAGCGGCCGGGAGGGCGGGCGGGGCGGGCGCGCCGGAGGCCAGCUGGGCGAGGUGCUGGCGCUGCCGGCUGCGGGGGAGGGCGCGGCGGCGGAGGCGGCGGCGGAGGCGGCGGAGAGCCGGGAGUCGGGACCCGAGCGCCGGGCGUCCGGGAAGGCGCGGACCAAGCGGGCGCGCACGGCCUCCGGGACCCUGGGCGAGAUGGCGGCGGCCCCGGGCCCGUCGGGCUCCCGCAGACGCCGAGGGGCAGGCGGAGGCCGCGGCGGGCGGGCGGUCACUCCCGAGACGCGCGCGUGGGACCCGGCGGCGGCGCAAGGGAAAAAGAAGGGGCGCGCGGGCGCGGGGGCCCAGGUGCAGGCCGGCGAGGCCAGGGCUCAGCCGCCCCCCGGCUCCGAGUCAGCCCGAGGGAGGAAGGCUCGUAGCGGCUGGAGGCAGCCCCCCAAGCGCCGCUAG